AUGAGAUGGGAUGUUGAUGAUGACGGGAUGAUUGAGAACUCGGGUAUGCCCGACCAGACGUAUGACGUAUGGAGCAUGCAUGGCACCAGCGCUUAUUGCGGUGGUCUGUGGUUAUGCGCAUUGGAGUGUUAUCGACGAUUCAAUGAGGAGCUGGGUCACUCGCAUGAAGUGCACCGCAUUGAGGACAUAAUGCGGAAUGCUCGAUUGGCGUAUGGGAAAAAACUAUGGAAUGGGUAUUAUUUCAAUUUUGAUGAGCGCAGCAAUACAAUUAUGGCGGACCAAUUAUGCGGUUUCUGGUAUAUGUGCACAAUCGAUGACAUUAUUGAACCAGACCUGUUUGAUCGUGAAAUGGUGAGGAAGCAAAUUUUUUCACUGCUAGCUUAA